CCCACGAAGAAGAAGCAGAGGCGGAAGUGCACUAAGAAACAUGGCGCCGCCCGAUGAGGACACAUUUAUAACCAACAAUAUGACAUGUUCUCUGUGACAUCAGUCCCAGAAACAAGCUCGGAUCUGUCAGUGUGACUUUAACUGUACACUGAGCCAAAGCGACAGCUGCUGCCAUGUGGACGAGCAGCAGCUCAGCAGGACUGAGAGUCCUUCAGCUCCUCCAGCACCGCUGUUUACUGACGGCUCACCGGGGUCCCAGGCAGCUCUGCAGACUCAUGUCGUCAUCAGGACCCCCCUGGAGGCUCCUGUUCUUCGGCUCAGAUCAGUUCGCUGUAGAAUCUCUGAAAAUCCUCACCUGCAGCAGGAACUCCAGUGAAGGUUUGGUGGAGUCCCUGGAGGUUGUAACCCUGUCGGGUGAUGUUCCAGUGAAAAGGUUCGCUCUACAGCACCACCUUCCAACCCACAGCUGGCCCCCCCGCCAUGUGGACGGACAGUUUGACCUCGGGGUGGUCGUGUCCUUUGGCUGUUUACUCCCAGAGAGACUCAUCAACAAGUUUCCACACGGGAUUCUGAAUGUUCAUCCCAGCCUGCUGCCGAGGUGGCGAGGUCCAGCGCCUGUCUUCCACACCAUCCUACACGGUGAUACUGUGACAGGAGUUACCAUCAUGCAGAUCCGCCCGGACAGGUUUGAUGUGGGGCCCAUUCUAAACCAGCAGCUCCAUCAGGUCCCUGAGAACUGCACUGCUGAGGAGCUGGGAAAUGUCCUGGCCUCUAAAGGAGCUCACCUGCUGGUUGAUUCUUUAAUGACUCUGUCUGAGAAGAUGGAGAACAGGAGGGAGCAAGGGCAGACAGGUGUGACCUUUGCCCCUAAAAUCGAUAAAUCCAUGAGCUGGAUCGUGUGGGAGGAGCAGACGUGUGACCAAAUCAGUCGUCUGUACCGUGCCAUCGGAGCUCGGAUACCUUUGAAGACCCUGUGGAUGGACAGGACAAUCACACUUUUAAAUUAUGUAGGAAGAUGUCACAUUUCACUGUCAGAUCAGAGGAAGAAACCAGUCCCUGGUUCAGUGAGCUAUCAGAAGGAGUCCAAUACUCUGGCUGUCUGUUGUAAGGAUGGCUGGGUGGGCUUUAAAGACGUGGUCCUUAAAAAGAAGCUGACAGCUGCUGACUUUUAUAACGGCUACCUACAUCAAGCUGAUGAACAGCUGUUUGUCAGCAGAAAGACUGCACCUGAAACCUAUCCAGUGAGAGAAAACUCCAGUUUAUGACACUACAACAUCGAUGACCUGACUGAUGCUGUAGUUGUUUUUAUUCCUGUCUGUUUUAGGACAUGCUGCAUUCAUGUGCUUUAAAAAUGUAUUUGUAUCAUAUAACUUCAAUAAAUUAAAUUGACAAAUAAAUACAGAAACAAUAAUGUAA